GUUCCAUAGACAGGCUGCUUCCUGUCUGUAUCCUUCUACGUAAAGCUGCGGGUGCCCUGUGUGCCCUACUGACUGGCACAUGGCCUGUCUCUUUCGGAGGGCAAUAGCUGAGCAGGUACCGGGUUCUACCCUCCCCUCAUACCCGUCCCCAGCCCCGCUCAGAGCCAGCUAGUGACAUGUCUGCUGUCAGUGUCAUGCACUUAUUCAAUAAUGCAGGUGUCAUUUCAAAUCAGUGAAAGAGAAUGCACAACAAUUGAAGUCAAUAAAUAAUAAAGGGUUUUAUUUACUAUGUCAGCUGAAUACAAGUACCGUUACAAAAAUAACCUCCAUAGAUGGUGCCCUUGACCUUCUUGUGGAUUACAUUCUACAGCUUACAUUUCAUUGGACAAUGUACAUUACAGGUCUGCUUCGUUUAAAAUAAUCCAUAAAUAAAAUGAUCAUGUUGUCAGUCACUUUAUCAUUGUUCUGUUUAGUAACUUUUCUGGAGGACACUAACAAUCGAGUUCCUGGAUUUUAUAGUUUAUUCACUAAACACAAAAUUCUAUUGAAUUGAAAAUGAAACUAUAACAUUGUCAGCUAUUAACUCCAUUUCUGUUUUAGUCUCUGCUUGGUAUUUUUACUUUGAUUUGAAAUUCUAUUUUCAGUUGAUGACGCUUCAAUAUUUAGUGAAUAAAUUACCUUUAUUAGAAGUUCAGUGGUUAGAAUUUCCAAUUUUAAUGUAUUUUUCCUUUAUGCAGAAAACAUCUGCUCAAAAAUGCAUGUUUGGGAAUAAAAAAUGUUUUACAAUGUAAACAGAAAUUGUUAUAAAAUGUAAUUCAAUUUGUAAUUAAGAAUUAUAGAUAUAUUUAAAAUCAUGAAAUCAAUUCAUCAUACAGGCUGAGGGAUUGAGCAGACAAACUGGUGCUGUCAAUAGAAUGUUAAGGUUAAAAUGUUGAAAAACGUCUUUACUCCAUUAAUUCAAGUUAGUACUCAAAGCACCAAAACAACUUUAGCUUAACGCCUUAAGGAUGCAGCUUCAGAAGCUGGACAUACACUUAAAGGGACACUAUAGUCAACGGAACACCUACAGCUUAUUGUAUUUGUUCUGGUGAGUAGAAUCAUUCCCUUAAGGCUUUUUGCAGUAAACACUGCUGUUUCAGAGAAAAUGCAGUGUUUACAUUACAGCCUAGGGAUAACUUCACCGGCCACUCCUCGGAUGGCUACUAGAGGUAUUUCCUGGGGCAGUGCUGCACACUGUGCAGUACUACCAUUCAGCAUCUCCUCCCUUUACUUGCAGACACUGAACUUGCCUGAAAGAAAUGCAUUGAUUCAAUGGAUCUCUAUGAGGAGAUGCUGAUUGGCCAGGCUGUGUUUGACUUGUGCUGGCUCUGCCCCUGAUCUGCCUCCUUGACAGUCUUUGCCAAUCCUGUGGAAAAGCAUUGUGAUUGGCUCACAGAAUCACUUCUGAUGAUGUCAGGCAGCUCAGUGGCAGCUGCAGCAGCUGCACACUGGAAUAAAUUAUUUUACUAUAUUUAAUGAGGCAGGGGCUAGAUGGUGAUUUUAACACUGUAUGGUCAAGAAUACAUAUUUAUGGUCCUGAGCCUAUAGUGUUCCUUUUAAAGACAUAAGCAUUUUUUGUAUUUUAUGCUGUUUUGUGUUCAAUUGCAAUUUGCAUAUUUCUUAUUUAUUGCACCAACACAUAUUAUAUACUGGAUUCCAAAAUCCAAAGUGCGUUAUAAGGCGUUUCAAACACUAUCAAGUGCAGGUAACAUAAUAUUGUAGCAGCUACCACACAAAUGCAGGAACUUUCAACCCCUACAAAAUACAAUGUGAUGCGUAGAGGGGCUUAGGAGGAUGAGGUGCGUGGAUGGGUUCGAGGGGGGAAGACAUAUGGGGCGGACUAUAUAAAUACCAAUAAUAUUAAUAUUCUUUUACACCAUUUCACUGCUGUUUUAAUCCUUAGGGGUAAGUGUAUAUUUUACUAGCGCUCCACAUUUGCAACUAGUGGUGAGGGUUUUUUUUUUUUUUUUAUCACUUAGUUUCUACGUUUGUACAUAUUAUAUACUGGUUUUUUUAAAGGACCAAAGGGGCUUUAAUUUGAUGUGACAUAUACAUAUAUAAAUUCUCAUUUAUUAUUUUUUUUUAAAUGGAAAAAAAAAAAUGUGACAAUUUCAGGUUUUUUAAGUAUGAAUUUUCAUGGUUUUGAUGGGUCCGUGUUCCAUUUUGGAGCAUUUUAUCAGGUUACUUAUUCAAACUACCCCAUAAUGGCAUACCAUUUCUUAAAGAAGACACCCCAGGUUAUUUCAAAAGGCAUAUUUUGAACCUUAGUGUGCGAUAAUAUUUUCACUAGCUUGUACCGCCAGUAUAGUGGUAAUUAGCAUUUUUUUUUAUUACUUUUUGACACUCAUAGUGAGUUUUUACUGUAUAUUUUGCCAACCUUAUCUGUGCUAUCGCAGUCAAAUACUUCAUAUGCCGCUCAGUCUAAGUACAGAAGUACUCCAUAUGUACCUUUGCCAAGUAUAUGUGGACAUUGAAGGGGCACAAUUAAAGGAACACUAUAGUCACCUAAAUUACUUUUUCUAAAUAAAGCAGUUUUAGUGUAUAGAUCAUUCCCCUGCAAUUUCACUGCUCAAUUCACUGUCAUUUAGGAGUUAAAUCACUUUGUUUCUGUUUAUGGAGCCGUAGCCACACCUCCCCUGGCUAUGAUUGACAGAGCCUGCAUGGAAAAAAAAAACUGGUUUCACUUUCAAACAGAUGUAAUUUACCUUAAAUAAUUGUAUCUCAAUCUCUAAAUUGAACUUUAAUCACAUACAGGAGGCUCUUACAGGGUCUAGCAAGCUAUUAACAUAGCAGGGGAUAAGAAAAUCUUAAUUAAACAGAACUUGCAAUAAAGAAAGCCUAAAUAAGGCUCUCUUUACAGGAAGUGUUUAUGGAAGGCUGUGCAAGUCACAUGCAUGGAGGUGUGACUAGGGUUCAUAAACAAAGGGAUUUAACUCCUAAAUAGCAGAGGAUUGCGCAGUGAGGCUGCAGUGGCAUGUUCUAUACACCAAAACUGCUUCAUUAAGCUAAAGUUGUUCAGGUGGCUAUAGUGUCCCUUUAAGACACAGCCGUUUCAGUUUUAUUCAUACUUUGAAUUUUUUUUUACGCUGGGUCCAUGUCCCAUUUUGGAGUUAUAUAACAGGUAGCUUAUACCAACUACCCUACAAAGGCAUACCAUUCCAUAAAGAAGAAACCCCAGGAUAUUUGAAAAGGCAUAUUUUGAACCAUUGCAUAGGAUAAUUUAGCAUAGGAAAUCAGAUCACAAUAAAAUAGUGAGAUCUGUAUUUUGAUCACUGCAGACACUAAAUGAUUUGCAGGGGAAGGGUUAAUUUUUUAUUAAUCUAGUAUAAGGGGGUUGUGAUUUUAACCUAAUAUGUUUUUUGUUGUUGUGGGGUUUUUUUAUAGGCAGAAACAAAUCAGCACUAAUCCGUCUCUCUCCACUUCACACUGCACAAGGAGGUUAAGGGAGGUGGAUUAGGAGCCCCUGCAGCACAUGUGAUCACUCUGAUUGGCCAGGACAUGUUAUAUUUUAUUUGUUAGCAGUAGUUCUGUUUCACAGGUCACUUAAUGAUGCAGUCAAUCUUAAUGUAACAUUGUUUCCGCUGUUUCUUUACAGGUUUCCCGAAUUGUGGGGUUGCCGUCAGAAACUGUUGCCCAGUCUAUUCGAGCAGUUCCAGUUCACAGAAAGCAGUAAAUAUUAUAAUUUUUUGUAUCUUUUACCAAUUUUGUAAUGAGCGUUGCAUUCCAUGAUAUUGUCUUUGUUCUCCUUAUAUUGUCGCGCACUAAUAAAAUCACAAAAGAUUUCAAGAAAAACAAUGUAUUUUAUAUCCAUUACAGCUUAGCUUCUCCAUAGUUGUUAGGGCAGGAUUAAUUCAUUACUCAAAAUUGCCCCCAAAUUGUUUGCCUUGAAUUACAAACCAGGUAUUGAACUUUACUAGCCACCUUAAAGGACUACUACAUACAAAUGUGCAUUCCUGACACUAUAGGUUUAUAGUCCCCCCUUACAAAGGUGAUUUACUCACUUUUUUUUCAGCACUGAACAAAAUAGUGCCUGGCCCAGCCCCUGCUCUGCCUCAGUUUAGAUAAUCUCAGCCAAUCCAAUGCUUUACCAUAGGAAAGCAUUGGAAUGCUAUUGUGCAUGCAAAGUAGUGUGUGCAGAAGGUAAUAGGGGCUGUAGGAAGUGCCAGAGGGUAGGGGUUGCAGAGGGUGCCGGUAGGUAUGGGGCUGCAAAGGGUGCUGGGGGGAAGGGGCUGCAGAGGGUGCUGGAGUGGCAGGGGGAAGAGGUUGUUAAGUGUACCAGGUGGUAGAGGCUGUAGAGGGUGCAUGGGUGUAGGAGCUGCAGAGGGUGCAUGGGGGUAGGGGCUGCAGAGGGUGCAUGGGAGUAGGGGCUGCAGAGGGUGCAUGGGAGUAGGGGCUGCAGAGGGUGCAUGGGAGUAUGGGCUGCAGAGGGUGCAUGGGAGUAUGGGCUGCAGAGGGUGCAUGGGAGUAGGGGCUGCAGAGGGUGCAUGGGAGUAUGGGCUGCAGAGGGUGCAUGGGAGUAUGCAGAGGGGCUGCAGAGGGUGCAUGGGAGUAUGGGCUGCAGAGGGUGCAUGGGAGUAUGGGCUGCAGAGGGUGCAUGGGAGUAGGGGCUGCAGAGGGUGCAUGGGAGUUGGGGCUUUAGAGGGUGCAUAGGGGUAGGGGCUAUAGAGGGUGUAGGAGCUGUAGAGGGUACCGGUGUAUAAUAUGAAUUGUAGUAAGUGUAAAGCUAUGGGGGUUUGGGGUGUAAAGGGGAUGUGGAGGAGUUUAUAAAAUUAAAAUAUCUUUGAUAAAAAAAUAAAAUAAAAAAAAGGGAGCUCCCCAGAGCAGUGUUACAGGCAGCCUGUAUGCUCUGUGUGGCUGUGGUCACUAAGACAGGCACACUGAGGGGCAGCCUAGUGGGGUCUUUGGGAUGGCCCCUUAGCUAUAUCUCGGUGUGCCCAGCAAGGGGGAGAAGAUUUGUAGCAGCAGGGGCUAGCGGAAGGCUGUGCAGCCACUUGCUGCGUGCAGGCUGGCUGCAGAACCUGCUAAACUCCCUAUCUAAGCAAUUACUGCACUGCACCACAGACGGGCCCCCCAGAGCCCCGGGCCUUCGGUCCAUGACCGAUUUGCCCGAGUGCUCAGUCGGCCCCUGGAGCUGUGUUCCAGAUUUACCUGAGCUUGAUAAGAUUAGCAGUAGUUUGUUGCAAUCAAAAAUGCCAUUACCCAGCAUUUUUUUUUUAUCACCUCACUGCUUUUCUUGGCAAGUCAUGCAUCUAAAAGAGUUUUGGCCUGUCUGGGUAUACACUGAGGCUGGAAAGAUUUUUAGGGGCAGUGUGUCUCAUUCUUUGUCCAGGAAAUUAAAAAAGUACGCCAUGAUUUUGAAAUUCUGUGUGCAGUCUAGCCUUCUCAUUUGGCUAUUAGGUAAGCUGAUAUAUAGCUUAUAUAUUUUUACUAAUUUCUAUUGAUUGACCAUAGGGUUUCAAGAGAUAUUAAGUAUAAAGAUUUGUAAUUUUUUUUAAAAGCAGGAUUAAAAUCAAUGCAUGACAUUCAUAUGGCCCCAUCACUUCAUUCGUAGACAUCAGCAGGAUGUCUUACUGAAGAAGUAUCUACAGACGUUUCACUGCUGUAUGGGCUGUGGUUCAAAUGCCCCAUAGGGAAAGAACCUGUGUUACUCCAGCAUUAAGGAAGUGUCAGAAUGUCAAAGCAGAGCUGACCCGCAGAAGUCGAUUUUACAGGCUAUUGCCAAGAGGUUUUUAGUUAGCCAUGGUGAAGAAGAUGUCAUCCAAAACACCAACAACCUCUUCCUACUCCUUGGAGUCUAGCUUGGAUCUAAACCCAAUGCAGGAAUAUUGGUUUGAGGAGGAGACUGUGUAACCAUGAGGCAAGUCUAACGAUAUUAGAUCAGUCAAUUGUUUUAGUUUGAGAUAUACUGAAAAUCCCUGAGGAAAAGUUGGAAGUAGCAACAUCGGAUAUAUUCUUUGAAGAUCCGAGAGCCUUUAAAACAUCUUCUGCCCUACAAUAAUAUAUAGAUAAAUAUAGAGAAAAUAUAUAUUUUUAUGCAUCAAUGGAAGGUUAUUAGGGUCUGUUUGAUUUAUCCAAGAGAAUGUAAAAUGUGGACAACAUUUCCUAAGAUUGGUGCAACUGUCAUCAGGCUUUCCAACAAACUACAUUGCCUAUCGAUAGUAUGGUAUCACUCAGCCAAUGGAGAAAAGGUUGGAUUCUCAACUAGUUAAAUUCAGCUAAAGUGGCAUGGGUACAGUGUCCCUAUUGCACUUAGUGCUGCAAUGUCAAACAUUGCAGUUCCAGAGAAACUGCAAUGUUUACAUUGCAGCACUAAGUCUGCCUCCAGUGGCAGUCUCCCAGUUAGCCACUGGAAGCGCUUCUUGCAUCCAAACAGACCUUUGGUCCGGUAUCUGACGCUGGACGUCCUCACGCUCUGCAUGAGGACAUCCAGCGUCAGAUUUUUUCCCAUAGAAAAGCUUUGAUUUCCUAUAGGGAGUUUGUAGGAUGUUGGAGGAGGCGGGGCCACAACCCAGCUCCGAGAGAAAUCGGUGCUGGGGUAAAGAAAAUAAGCGGUUUUUAACCCUUUAUUGACCACUUUGGGAGGGUGGGGGGAGACAGAGGGAGCUAUAGUGCCAGGAACACAGCCUUGUAUUCCUGGCACUUAUAGUAUCCCUUUAAAGCAUAUGUAGGCAUUGGCUCAGACUUUCACUCAGUGGUCGACUAAAUGUAAGUUUCAAGAACAGUGAAAAUAUGAGUUAAUAAUCUAGAGAAUGAUGUGCAGACCCAGACAGAUAUUGUAGACGUUUGACUAAAUAUAUUUUUUCCUGUCUGGGCCAACACUGUUUCUAUAAAGUGGUUAGAAGCUAUUAUUUCAAGAUUACCUAGCAGAAUUAGUAUGUUGAACAGACUUAAUUCAUAGAGAAGCUGUUGCAUCAAGGAGUCACCACAGAAUCUCUCACAGAAACUUUUGGGACAUCUAAGAUUUUUACUUUACAGUCAUUUUAUCUCCAAAGUGGAGGCUUUAUACUCGAUCUGAGGAAGAUAAAUUUACAUUGCAAGGAGAUGUCCUUUACAAUGAAAUCAGUAGGAGUGAUUUAACAAGCAGUCCACAGGUAUAAUUGGCUCCAAUAACUUAACGCCUCUGCAAUUUCCCAUGCUUCUUUGUCUAAAGGAAACACUACCAGUUUUAGGUCUCCUGUUUGACCUGACCCUAGCACCAGGGAUGUUUUCCAAAAUACUCAUAUGCUAACAUUAAGAUUGCUGUUGUAUCAGCGUUGAGGAAUCAAGGGAUGCACAUUCAUCUUAACAAUAUCCUGAUUAUAGACCACAACCAUCGAGUGACAAAAAUAUCAAUUCCUGUCCCCUUACAACUGGAUUGCUUAGUUAGAGAAGAGUACACUGUCUCCAGUAAAAUGCCUGUUUUUGUAUGAACUAACAUAAAUAUUUGGAAGCUGUUCUUAAAGUAACAAAAAACUUCAACUGGUGUCAAAUCAGAGACCUAAUCAUAAGAAGAAAAAUGUCAACUUGGAAUUAUAUGAGUGUGAUAGGAUGCCUUCUGUAAGUCUAGUCCAGUGUAUCCAAAUAGAGCCAGCUUCGAUGGGUUUACAUUACACAGGAACUUGGAGGUGGUAACUACCGGCAAAAAACCUAGACAGAGGUCAUUACCUUAAAGAACCUGAUUGGCAGAUCGUAGCCACUGAUGUCAGUGCUGGGGCACGGGGAAUCCAGUAGAAGAGCCUGAUCCCAGGUUCAGUGGCCUUUUCUGGUUGAAUUCCCCCUUCCAACAUCCCAUAGAUGAGAACCUUAUUAAAGGCUCUACAGACCAUGGCUUCUCACUUGGGCCAGUGAGUCCUGUUAAAGGUGGAUAAAAAGGAUUGCCUCCUACAUCAGUUGUCAAAUGGGAACAGGGGUAGGAGACUCCUUUUAAGAGAUGCAACUUAUUCUAGGUCUGGAAGCAUAUGAUAAAAAACUGAAAGCAGUUUCUUUUCUGGGGAAGGAAAUACUCUUGGCCACUCAUGCAUACAGGAAUAUCAACAGAGAUUUGUUCCUGCAGUUUAUACAUCUUGGCCUACAGUUAUUUAAAUUGGGAGCCUGAAGGGAUUAUCUGCUUUUGAUACAGAAACUAUAUUUAAGACUAAAAAGAGAUCGAAUUCUGAUAGUUCCCAUAGAGUUUAGGAAGUUUUUCACUCAUGGUAUUACCUAGUAAUAUCAACUUUUUGAAGCCUUCAUUAGCUAGUGUCUUGAAGUUCCACAGGGAGGUAAGGAAAAGAGUCUAAUUCUCAGUACCCUGACAGUUCAGGUUUCUGCUAUCUCGAUCUUAACCAGCAGAAGAUGGGCCUGUGAUUCAUUGAUUAUCCAUUUCUUGAACAGAUCUCUUGUCUGGAACCUCAUUUACUUUUUGGGAUCUAUUACUUUUCUUGAAAGCUUUCUUUAGUUCCAACUGAACUGUUGAAUAUAGUGGGGACAUCAAGAGAAACUGCAGCUUUAAUCAUUUAUGUAUACAUUUUUGUACAUAAUAUUUUCUUUGAAUCAUUGUGGCCCCAGUCCCAGCUAUUUUGUUUCACCUUUUUUUUUUUUUUUUUUUUGUUAAAUAACCCCAACAAUUCUUCCAACUCUUUUUCACCUUCUAUCUUGUAUUAUGCCUGCAGAGUCCUCUUUGACCUCUUCGAGCACAUUCACUUGUCGUCCACAAUGCUUCUCUAUGAAAAGCAUUUGAAUGGACGAGAAGUGCUGUGUUCCUCCAAUCUAAAGCUUCUCACAUAGAAGCAUUAAAUCCAGUGCUUCUCUAUGAGACGUAUUGAUUGAAUGAUCAAUGUCCUAAUACAAAGAUGUCGAACGUGAAGAACAGAGUCUGAGUCUGUAUUCAUAGUGUAAGAAGCACCAGCUUGUGUCUGUCAGUUUAACAACCACUAGAGGUGUUUAGUCCAUAGUAUAAACAUUGCCAUAUCUCUAAGACCGCUAUGUUUUGCAUUAGGGAAGCAAAAUGCCAGGGACACUGCACACAGACCACUUCAUUGAGAUGGUGGUCGGGUGACUGUAGUGUCCCUUUCAUUCUGACAUUGAUGACACUAGUACACAUGACUUCAGUCAGAAGAGUCUGUAAACUGUAGGCUAUAUCUUUGGAAGAACCGUAUAUAAUUUUUACCAUUACAGAGCAGUCUGAAAUUUCAAAAGCAGUUACAUAAUUUCACAUCCAACCAGAAUUAGUCCUUCCAUCUUUGUUCCCAAACCCUUUAUCUACAGAAGAGGAGAUGUAAUGCUUAAAUAUGUUCAUUUGUUUACGUAGUAAACAGUGAGUUGAUCAAAAAUAGUAAAAUUUGAAAGAGCUGUUUUGUUGAAAGGGGGAAAAAAUUGGUUAUUUUUUUCCAGUUGUUGAAACUGUGUGUGUCCUUGCUUUACAGUGAAUUAGCAUAUCUCAGGGUUAUUUUCAAGAGCAACAAUUCAAAGUGAACAUUAAAGGCCAAAGUUGCUGAACUUAAGGCAUAACUGGUUUAGUGCAUGAUUCAAGUAGGGCUAUUUUGGCCUUAAACGUGAAAUUAACUUUGAAUUCUCACUUUAGUAAAUCAUGUUAGAAUUCUCCAUGCUAUUUGUUUAGCAUGUUAAGACCUGUAUUCGUAAAGUCCUUAAAAUGUAUAUGUAGGGAAUAAGUAGGGAAUAUACUACAAAAUUCCAAUUUCACCAUUAAAAUUGUAGUUGUUGCUGCUUUGUUUUUAAUAUUUUUUUUAACUUUGUGUGUUUAACCCUAGUGAAUCACCAGAUUUUCAGCUGUUUGUUAAUUCCUUGCUUGAUGACAUCCAUGCUGAUGCAAAUUUCACAGUACAGGAAAAAGCACAGAAACUUGCAUCAAAGGUAAUGAUGUCUGGCGGCCUCUAACCUCAUUGUGUGUACACCUGAACUACAUGUGCUAUGGGGCAUACAUUAUUAUAAAGUAAACACGUUUUAUAUAUAGUCAUGGGGGGAAAAAAAGUAUACACUCUUUGAAUUCUAUAGUUUUACAUAUCAGGGCAUAAUAACAAUCAUCUGUUCCUUAGCAGGUCAUAAAAUUAGGUAAAUAUAACCUCAGAUGAACAAAACGACAUAUUAUAUUGUGUUAUCAUUUAUCUUUAACAAAUAUAAAGCGAAAAUGGGGAAGCCAUGUGUGAAAAAUUAAAUACACCUUAUGAUUCAAUAAGGUGUGCCUGUAGAACACUCAUUGAGGUUUGCUGGCAUUUGUUUAUGCUCUCUUAAGAUCCAGCCACAGCAUUUCAAUCGGUUGAGGUCUGAACUUUGACAGGGCCAUUGCAACACAUUGAUUCUUUUCUUUUUCAGCCAUUCUGUGGUAGAUUUGCUGGUGUGCUUGGGAUCAUUGUCCUGUUGCAUGACCCAAUUUCAGCCAAACUUUAGCUGUCAGACAGAUGGCCUCACAUUUGACUCUAGAAUACUUUGAUAUACAGAGGAAUUUAUGGUCAGCCCAAUGACUGCAAAGUUCCAAGGUCAUGUGGCUGCAAAACAAGUCCAAGCAAUCAUCCCCACCACCACUGUGCUUGACAGUUGGUAUGAGGUGUUUGUGCUGAAAUGCUGUUUGUUUUUUGCCAAAAAUGGAGCUAUGUAUUAUUGUCAAACAUCUCCACUUUGGUCUUGUUGGUCCAAAGGACAUUUUCCAGAAGUCUUUCGGUUUGUUCAGAUACAACUUUGCAAACCUAAACCGUACUGCCAUGUUCGUUUUAGAAAGAAUAGGCUUUCUCCUGGCAACCCUUCCAAACAAACCGUACCUGUUCAGUCUUUUUCUAAUUGUACUGUCAUGAACUUUAACAUUUAACAUGCUAACUGAGACCUGUAGAGUCCGAAAUGUAACUCUUGGAUUUUUUGCAAGUUCUAUGUUUCAAAAGCAGAGUUGUUUAGUUUUAUUGCACUCGAAAUGUAGUAAAUUGUAAGCUGAAUUGCAGAAUCUAGGCAAAUGUAGUGAAUUUGAAAAAUAUCUAUCUCUGCUGUGGUUAGAGCUUUGCCAUUUUCACCAAAUUUUUGUAUUUCAGUAUACAUUGUUUUACAAUUCAUUGUUUAGUGAAUAAACCACACAGUGUAUGUUUUGAUGGUACUAUAAUAGUGGAUCAUGGGAAAUGUACUUUCUGUGUGGUGUGUAUGGAUCAUAUAAAUAAAUACAAACAAUAUACACCUAUACUGUGAAGUGAAAAAACAAACACAAAUAACUUGCAGUGAAUGAUUAAAGGUGAAGAAAAUGGCAUAAAAUAGUCACUAUCUCACCCCCUACCAUGUAAAUAUUUUUUAUUCACAUCUCUAACCAUAUUUUUACAAACAGAACUAUCAUUUUUCUUUUUGUAUUACAGCUAAACUGUGACACGGUAAUAAGUGAGAUUGGUGCUGAUCGGGGUUCAGUGACUUUUAAAGUACACCGGGAUUUAUUAAUCAAGGUGAAUUAUGCUCUUCUUAUGUUUCUAAUAUUCUUUUAUGUGGAUUCAAACUGUUACCACUAAUUAAUUGAUAGUGACUAUCCUCACACUUUCUACAAACAGUGACAUGCUUGAGCAACAUUUGUAUAUCUGUGAACUGGAUGUUUGUUCUUCUGCGUCAUUGUUAUGUGAAAAUUGAUGAUAAAAAAACUAUGAGAGGGACACUAUAGAGCCCAAAACAACUUUAGGUUAUUGGAGCAGUUUUUCUGUAUAGAUAAUUUCUCUGCCAUUUAGGGGUUAAAUCACUUUGUUUAUAACACCCUAGCCACAGAUCCCUGCAUGUGACUUGCACAGCCUUCCUAAACAAUUUCUAAAAAGUUACUUAGAUAUUAUAGGUUCCUUUAUUGCACACAGGACAGGUUUGUUAAUCCUCACUCAUAGGGAAUUCCCAAAAAUGCAUAUUUAUUGAAGUCAAAAAUGAAAAUACAUAUGGCAAGAUACCAGAACAGUAGUCCUUAUGUAUGUUGUAUUGGUCCAAGCAUGUGAAAAUGAAAAAUAAGGUUGUGAGUGAACAAAGUAUAAAAAGUCCAAAAGCUGAGCAUAGGACCACCCGCAGCUGCUGUACAUGGGGGAGACCAGCAAAGAAGCCGACCCGAAAGAAAGAUUAGAGAAGCCCUGGAUGCGUUUUGCACCACUCUGGGUGCUUUCUCAGCAUGGGUUUGUUUAAUCUAGAAUUUCUUAUCUCUUGCUAUGCUAAUAGCCAUCUAGUGCCUACAGGAGCCUCAUGUUUGUGAUUAAAGUUCAAUUUACAGAGCAAUAGAUACAAAACUUCUAAAGUAAGUUAACGUCUGAUUGAAAAUGAAACCCUUUUUACUUUAAUGAGUCACAGCCAGGGGAGGUGUGGUUUGGAAUGCAUGGACAGAAAGUGGUUUAACUCCUAAAUGGCAGAUAAUUGAGCAAUGAGACUGUAUGGGGCAUGAUAUAUACACCUAAUUUGUUUAAGCUAAAGUAGUUUUGAUACCUAUAGUAUCCCUUUAAAAAUAGACUUAAAUGGGAUGUGAAACAUGUACAUUUUCAUCAAAGUAAAGAGGCUUAUUUCUGUGCAUUGGUCCUGUCAUUAUUCCUACUGGUGGUAAUAAAGACCUCCAUGUGUUACAUAUGAUGAGUAGAUUAAUAAAUAAUUAAUCAUUGUUUUUCAGACUGUGCUGCAUAAAAUAACCCAAGAUGGCCCCAGGUUUGGUCUUAAUACUGAUUUACUAUCAAGGAUACCAAAAGGAAAGACUAUUGUGGAAUUUAGGUGAGAAACCAAAUGUCUCCUGGGUCCAAGUCUCAAAAUAAAAUGCUCUACAGUCUAGUUUAGGGGGUAGGCAACCUGUGGCACUCCAGAUGUUGUGGACUGCACCUCCCAAAAUGAUUUUACAGUCAUAAUGCUAGCAAUGCAUUACGGGAUAUGUAGUUUACAACAUCUGGAGUGCUGGAGGUUGCCUACCCCUGUAGGAGAACUGGCACCUCUCAACUUUCACCUUCCUCAGAGGUCAUCAAAGAUAAUGAGAGCUGUCUACCCUGGAGUGCCGAAGGUUACCUAUUCCUAGUCUAGCUACAAGCUCAUCAACUACUAGGCAACUACUUGUCUUUACUGUUCUCCGUCAUUGCUGGAAGCAACAUGUACUGUUACAUCUGUACUCAAUCAAAUAAACUAUUACAACUAUUAGAAAAUAAAAUAUUACUUAGUGUUUAGGUGAUAUGCCCCACCAAAAACACAAAGUGCAAGUGCAGUGCCAAAAUGAUAAUACAAUCACUUACCCCUUAGUACACACACUAGGUCAGCAUAUAUAUGUAAGGAAACAAAGAAAACAAUAAUAGUGCAACUUUGUAUGAUUUACACUCACUUUUAGAUUAGCCUUUUGUAGGAAUAAGAGGCUCUAAAUGUGUAGACCUCUGUGCCCUUAGGGCGGCAACUCUACUUUCUUGUACAGUGGUAUCAUAAAUAUGCUUAAGGGAUGGAUCGUGUAAAUAAUUAAAAUGAGAAAAAUAAGAGAGCAAUUUGGUGCAGUAUGUUUGAAAAACAGAUAGCAGAUAAUAAGCUCCAAAAUAGUAUCCUCACUUUUCUUUGGAGCCCAUAAAUGACUGGCUCCACAAGUUUGUACGUAUAUUGUUAAAUGUAGGGUGACAAUGCCCUAUUUAGGUGUGCCCUCUUUUUCAGUAGAAAUUGACACUUUUAUAAAUUAGCCUGGUAACACCCCCCUGACAUCCAAGGAGACAGCAGGUAAUGUUACUUCCUGGUUGUUAAGGUCAGGAGAGUGGAACUCAAGAGGCGGCAACUGUCCAGCAAACCUGCCUUGCAAAGACAUCUUAUUGAGCUAUAUUGGGAAGUUUGUUAUUGGAUAGCCACAGAAAGUCUGGGCGGGGUAAGUAGUGGAGGGUUUGCGAAAGCUGCAGACAACAGAAAUGCAGAUUUUGCAAGAGGAUUCUAAAUGCCCCCCCGAUGUAAAUAAUACAUAAUUAAAAGCAUGGAUGCAGUAAUUUGGGGCAUAUAGAAACAUAGAAACAUAGAAUGUGACGACAGAUAAGAACCAUUCGGCAUAUCUACUAAACAGUGAUUUUUAUUUAUUUUGUAUUUAGACAGUGGAGUGUUACUUUAAGUUAGCCGAACUUCCUGUGUCAAAGAGAGUUUUCCCACAGCACUCAUAGGGAACCAUACUUGGGCCCCUGUCAGACUUAAUGGGUCUCCCCAGGAAAAGAAAAAAUUCAAUUUCUGAUAAUUCUGUACUGAACAGACCCUCUGUUGCACAUUCCAUGACCUUAUACAUGCAAUAAAUAUUAAGAAAAUAAGAGACAAUAUACCCCUGGUAUGUAUCAUGUUAUAUUUUAGAAUAAAUUAAUAGAAUAUCCGAUUGUAAGUGUAGUGUUACUUCACAAAGGUGUUAAUUGUCAAGAAUUCAAAGUGAAAUAACAUUUUAAGACCAUACAAAAUCCUUUAGAAUUCUCAUUUUAGUAAAUAACCCUUGACAAGUGAAAUUAAGUUAUUAAUUGCCUUCAUUUUACCAAAUUCCUUUGUAGUUCCCCCAACAUUGCCAAAAAGUUUCAUGUUGGACAUUUACGCUCCACAAUAAUUGGUGAGUAUUCAAUUUUAGCUGCAGUUCUCACUAGUUUUAGUUACAUUUUGUAUUGGUGUGCAGUGCUUAUAUUUAUUUAUGUAUUACCCCUGUAAUGGAUCCCUUAUACUCCAGCUGAGUAUAUCCUUGCAGAAUCUCCCAAGUCCCAAGUGCAGUAGUGAUUAUAGUUCCCAAGUCCCCAAACACGAGCUUUGACUUCAUGGAGGGUAAAACAAAUCUGUUUAAUCCAGGCACAAUGGCCUGCUUAUAUACAGUUCAAGGACUCUGAAAACACGCCACUUACACUUCCGUAAACACACCCACAAAAUGCCAUGUCACCAUGACUAACCAAAAAUGACAAUUUACAGAAAACACCCCAAAUACAUAUUUAACAUAAUGGAACCCCCAUAGUCUAUACAUCCCAGGAUAGCCUGGAUCUGAGCGCCCAAGCUGUCCAAAUAGAGCUCAGAUCCCACAAACACAGCUGAAUCGUCACAGGGGUGAAGUUUUGACCGACCGCUCACGAGGCUCUUGUCCAAAAUAGUUCCACAGUUUUAGAGGUAGCGGUCGGUCAUGUUCGGGAGUUCCAAAACACACGAAAGGGUGAACUGUUCCCCUGGCUCAGUGGUAGCGUUUGUUCUUGAGGUCCGUACGAGGCGUUCACAUAGUUUUACCGCGCUGUUGAGUGUCCGCUUCAGAGUUCCAGACACUCGACGACCAAGUCCCGUUGCCUGCUUUCGUGCGACAAAAUGUCUCCAUUUUCUCCACCAUGCGUCGUUCGGUUAUACGAAUGGUGGCCACACACAAAGAGCACUUCUUGCGGUUUUCUUUGUGCUUAAUGAGCUAGAGGGGUGGUCGGUGUUCGGCAAUUUAAAGUACCGAAUGAGGAAAAAGUAUAAAGCAAAGUUUAGGCGGAUUCCUGAACUGUGUAUGAGAAUAGUCCCUGGGAAGGCAAAAAUAGUGGUUUUGUCACAACCCCCCCCCCCUUUCCCAUUUUAGUAUUAAUUUUAUUGAUUUUAUUUUGAGUUGUUUUGGUGACUAUAGUGUCCCUGUUGUAGGUUUUUAUGUAUUUUUAUUUUUUUGCAAACUAAGAGAAUUGUACUGAUUAGUUCAAGCAGAGGUGCAACUGUAGUGUGUGUGCUCUCCUAUGUUCCCUGGAGCUUUCAGAAAUUAGAAAGUGCCCCUUUAAAAACAGACCAUCACCUGCCACGUGUAGUAUCUGUCCACAAUGAAAAUGAAACUGCUGUUUCUGAAUAGCUCUCAGAAUAUUUAACCCAUGCUCGCCAGGCCUUAGUUCUGCUGUUCAGUACUGAUUUGUUAAGCCCUGUAUCUGAUGUAACAUCAAUGCAUUAUUAAAGGGACACUGUAGACACCCAGACCACUUCAGCUCAACUAAUUCAAUGCUUUCCUAUGGGGAGGUCUAAUGUGCGUGCAGCAUUUCCCUCACGUACGCAUUAGACCCCGCUUGUGGCGGGGCAUCGGAGGGGGUGGAGCGUCGACCCAGCGCUGAGGGACAUCAAUGCUCAAAAAAGGUAAGUAAAUUUUUUUUAACCCUUUAUUUACCGGGAAGGGGGGACCCAAAGGAGAGGGGAGGCAGGGGGAGUGGUAGUGCCAGGAAUACAGCUUCCUUUAAAGUGUCAGCUCAUGUGAUUGAUAUUUUUUUAAGGAGUUAACCUGUGUUUCCUUGUUGACCAUUGAAUAAAUGAGUGGACUUUCAGUCUUUCACCAAAGAGGGAUAAUAUAAUGUGUCCUAAAUAUUUUUAUUUAUAAAUGCUUAAGUGUGAAAGAUUUCAUGAUGCACGUAGGAUUGAUACGUAAGCUAAACAUAUUUCACCUUUGCUUUCUGUGCCAGGAAACUAUAUUGCUAACUUGAAGGAAGCCAUUGGAAAUGAAGUCAUUAGGAUAAACUACCUUGGAGACUGGGGUCUGCAGUUUGGUAGGUUUUAUUCACUGCUGGUAGAAUGUGAACAUUGAAGUGUACCUGUCAUGACUAACAAGAGUCGGUGUCACUUUUAAGAGUGUAAUCUAUACAUUGUGCAAGCCCAAAUGCCAGCACAUGUUCAGGUGAAAAGUUAUUUUGUAAUUUGCCAUUCUGGGGAUGCAGUUUUGCAAGAAUUGUGAGAUAUGUUCACAUUAUUUGCAAGGGACAGUUGCUUGCACUACCCUCUCCGGGCCAUGUCUUGAAGGACAAUUUGUGCAGGAAGUCUUCAGGAAGCAAUAUUUAGAUGAAUAGUUCUAUUUAACUAGCCUUAAAUGUUAAUUUCCACUGCAAGCCAUAGCGUACACACCAGAGGUAAAUUUCCUCUAGCUAGUGUCGGGUGGAAAUUGUGAGCCCUGCGAUUGUCAUUCACAUGAUUUAUGUUUUAUUGUCCUUGUAUGAUUGGGUUCCUCCAGCAUAAGACAAAAUAAUAUUUUCCUCUUAUUGCAAUUUUGUUUAUUAGGUCUUUUGGGUACUGGAUUCAGUAAGUUUGGCAGUGAAAAGGAACUUCGUGAUAACCCUCUAGAACACCUGUUUAAUGUGAGUUGUAUUAAAAAGAAACAAACAAAAUGAGAACAAGUUUUAGUUUUGUUUUGUUUUUUUGUGAAUCUUUCAUUAUUAAGAUCACAUGAAAAACUAAAAAGAAUAGAAUAAAAAAGCAAGAAAAAUUUAAUUAAAUGAGCAAGGGACAUGUGCCUCGUGGUUUUACAAGAAUUAUGUAACAUGAGUUGUUCAGAGCACCAUGUAUAACACUAAAAACAUUUAUUUAAUGGACAAGGAAUGAACAGAACUCCAACAGAAUGAGCUGUUCUGUGUAUCACAUCAAUAAAGUAUUUUUAAGGAACAAAAAAAAAAAAAAGUAUCUUCCAAAAAAAAGUCAAAAAGAAAAAAUCAGUAACUGUCAAAAGUUUACAGAUAAAAGUUAAUCCAGCUAUAAUAUGAAAUGAUCAGACAGAUGAUAACACCAUAUGUCACACAUUUUGUAGGACAGCGCUAUCUAACAUUAUAUUGUUUACCAUCACAAACAAGAUGUCUGGGCCCUUUUUUUUUGACAUAUUGAAAUGAAUGCCUGUAAUAAAACCCAUGCAUUGUCCUGCUAGUUAAAAGAAUAAUAAUGAAAUACUCAAAAUAUGUUCAGUGCAAGGGGAUAAUCUAUUUAUACACUGUUGUAUUAUAUUAUACAAUGGCUGUGCUUAUUAAAUAUAUCUCAUACUUUCAUUGAGGUUUAAUGUAUUUGAGUUUAAAAACAAAGGAAAUGAGCCGAUAGAUUUGGUUAGUAGCGCAUAGUGGGUAACGUAGUGCUUUACAGAAAUAUAUCAUUGGCAGGUGUAUGUGAAGAUCAACGAGGCAGCAGAACAGGAUGAAAAUCUGAGAUCGUCUGCUAUGGAGUUCCUGAAGAGGCUAGAGGGAGGAGAAGCGCAGGCUGUGUCUUUGUGGACUCACUUUAGAGAGCUAAGCAUACAGGAAUAUGCUAAAAUAUAUAAGGUGUGUACUGUGCAUUAUAAGCUCGGUUUGUAUUCCACUGUUCAUUUAGAAGCUUAACCUAUAUAUAAGAGCCCUGUCUGUACGUUUGCUUAAAUGUGCUGUCUCCACUUUGGUCACAUUUGUUUUGAUUCUAUCAGUUCUUAUUUUUUUAAAUUCUAUUAUUUUUCUAAUGCAUCAUCUUUUGUGUUGGACAUUCUUUCUUCAGAUUAACCUGCUUUAAUGGUAGGGUGACUUUAUACACCGUGUUGUUACUUGUCACCUAGUAACAGCUAUCGGAUGACUAUUAAGUAGAGCUGAUGAUGCUUAGAGUGAUAAUUUCAGGCUGCUCUUUUCAGAGGCUUGGCAUUCAUUUUGAAGAAUAUUCUGGUGAGUCAUUUUACAGAGAAAAAUCCCAGCAUGUCCUGCAAAUGCUCAGAAACCGAGGAGUUCUAAAGGAAAUGGAGUAAGUUGUGUUAGCAUUUCCAUUUUGUUUACUUUUUUUAUUAUUAUUGAUUUAGUCACUUUCAGAGUGAGGAAAUGUAAUAAUGUAAAGUGAUCUGUUAAUAUUAAUAAUGUUUUCAGAAUUAUUUGUAGGUUAUGGAAAAGAAUAGGUGCCAAAGUCGAUAUGACUUUAAAAUACAAUGCAAAAAAGUUGGACAAAUGUCACAGCUAAUGACACAGCAAGAAACCAAACUAAUAUUGGGGAAAUACCCAACGCAUUUUAGACCUCCAGGUCCUUAUACAUAAGACUUUUGUCAUUAAAAUACAGCUGUGCAAUUGCAGUGCUUAAAUGUUUAGACUACAGCUCCCAUUAUCUUUGAUGACCUCCAAGGAAGAUGAGAGUUGUAGUUAAAUGUGACAAGUUAAACACAUUUAGCACACUGUCUCAUAUACUUUAUUGGGGAAUCUAUGAUUUCCUAGCCCAUGCAAGUACUUGAAUGGCAUUUGCUAAUAUCAUUUUGAUGUGUGUAUUGUAGGAAUGGCACUGGGGUGGUAGACCUCUCCGAAGGACUGUCAACUUACAAAACUGUGGUCCGGAGUGAUGGAACAUCGCUGUAUAUAACCAGGUACAACAUCUUGCUUUAUCAAAGGUUUGCCAUGUGUGACAGACCUCUACUGACAUUUUUGUUUUGCUUAGUUGGAGGUUGAAUUAUUUUGUGUUAGCGAAGGCACCAAGCAAUGCAACACUUACUGACCUCAGUAUGGAACAAGGAGUGUUGGUAGGCUCAGAAAAAGUCACAAUGUGUAGUUAAAGUUGUUUCUGCACUGAAAUUUUAUGAGAUAUGGUGCAAAGUGACUACAGUGAAGGCCAACCUGCUGUGUCCUGUAUUAUAUAGAUAUGUUAUCAUUUUUAUGUAUCUGUUUGCAUCACUCCUGUAUAUCACAAAAAUUAUAUUUUUCAUAUGCCAUGUCUAAAAUCAGUUGUCAGCAAGUUGUUCAUUUCUGUAUAUAUUUCUAUUAAAGAAUGAAGAAAUAGUAUACAAUUGUGUAUUUAUGCUGGUAAGUGUACAGAAUGAGCACAACCCACUGAAAGAUUCGUAGCUUUGAUUUCUGUAAGCAUUUUCUCAGCCUUUCCAUCAUCCAACAUUGAUACAUUGCAUACUUUUCAUUUGGGUGAUAAUAUUUAAUCCACAGGGCUAAUUUAAAAACUAAUGAAAACUAAAAGUACCUUUCCUGGUUAAAUGCUCUAUUAUCCUGUUUCAAAUAAUGUAUGCUAAAAAAAGAGUAAAGAAUAGAAUUUGAUAGAGAAAGGUGUUAAAGAGAAUAUAAUUUUGGUCACUGGAGACUGGCUUUCCCAAGUAUAUGCAUAUUCCCUGUGAGAGCUAAUCUCAAUAGCAUUGCCACUCUCUAAUUCAGCCCUAGAGAGGCUCUAGUAACCUUGUCAUUUCCCUCUAGAACCCUGGACUCUCUCCCCUCACUCAUGGCGUUGUACUCCUCUCUUUUUUUACAUUGGGCUCAGCCCGUGUUUUAGUGCAAUGUCCGAUGGUGUGCUCUAUCCUGGACUGUGCAUGGUUCUUCUGACAAUGUUCUGUUAUGAUUGUUGUUCAUAUUGAUUGCAUAACCUCUAUCUAAGAGUGAAAUGUCUUUCGCUGUAAUGCUUAAUGCUUAUAUUGUUUCUGCUUGACUUGUAUUUGUCUGGUAUAUUUCAUGCAAAAAAAAAAAGAGUAAUGUUUUUCUAUGCCAGUGACAGAGAGUCAAUGCCUGUUCCAUACAUUUACGUAAAAUAUAUGUACUUUAUUUAGUUGUUGUUUAUUUAUUUAUUGUAAAAUGUUUAUUUCUUUCCAGAGACGUGGCAGCUGCAAUUGAUCGAAUAGAGAAAUAUGACUUUGAUGAAAUGAUCUAUGUGGUAUGUAAUCUCAUUCAAGCGGUGAGAGAUAAUUGCACUGCUGCUAAAGAUUAGUAUAGUCUUGUACGCCAUUUAUUUUCAUUUGACUUUAAUUGUGUAAUAAUCAAUACACUCUGGGAGAGGUGAUGGUUAGAGCCUUUUUGUUUGGAGCACUGGUUAGCUGCUGUUUUUUUCACUGUGCUGGGAAUGUUGCAACCUGCCGGUUCAGUUUUUUUUUUUUUGGCUGCAGUGACUGCAGUCUUCUCUUCCUGGUCCCCAACUACAAAAAAAACUAGUGAGAACUGCUAAAAAAAAAAUAUCAAGUUUUUUUAAAUGUAUCCUAAAAAAUUUAUGUUGAAACACUUACAAUUUGUCCUAAAAUCUGCUAUCCAGAGAAUUUAUUGAAGCAGCAUUUAGUUGAAAAUAAAAACCCUGUGGGGCUUUUUCACAAAACACCAAAUUAAAGUGAUUUGAAAACCAUUUAGGUCAAAAUAGAUUCUCCAGCACUGCAGUAGUCCCAUCUUGGCAUUUUCUUCUUUUUUUUUUUUUUAACCUAGGUUAUAACAAUUAGAGUGCAGUUGUCUACAUUGUGUAGUGAAUAAGCCAAAUAUAUGAAAUUAUUUCUAUUUUUAGGCAUUAUACCGUUUAAACAGCAAUUAUUAUUGCCAUUUAUAUGUCGCCAACAGAUUCCGUAGCGCUUUACAAUAUUAUGAGGGGGGGGAUUUAACUAUAAAUAGGACAAUUACAAGAACACUUACAGGAACGAUAGGUUGAAGAUGACCCUGCUCAAACUAGCUUAUUGAAGUGGUUAUGGUGCUAAGGUACUAUCGCUGCUCCCUUUUUGUUUAAUCAGUUUGUCAAGCAGACAGAAGAGAGCUAUAAAGUGUAAGCGGUCCACUCAAAACAGAUCUGUCAUCAAUUUGUUGGUUAUUUUGGUUUACACGUUUUCUGCAGCAAUACACUGGUUUCUGGCUUGCUAACACCUCUUUAUUUGUAUAAAGGUUUUGUGUUGAUAGUGGGGGAGGGGAAGGGGAGAAUCUGCAUUGUUUAAAAAUUUGUGCGUAGGCAAAUAUGAUUAUUAAAAAAUUUACCAUGAUAAUUAUUGACUAAACACAAAAUUAUAGUGCAUUAAAAAUAAAAUGGCAAAAAUAGCUAUUUGGAAAAAAAUUCAAAUCAAUCAUAGUUACAGCUUGUUUUUUCUUGGCUAAAUUUUUAAAUUUGAUUCUCAUUUCACUAUAAACAAAACUUGGGUCUUAAAGCGUAUGUCACUUUUUUUUUUUUUAAACUAUGCAUAUUUUCAGUUAUACAUAUGGACUACUUUUCUUUAUGUAUAACCUGAAGGUUGACUAAAGUUGACAAAAGACAACUUUAGUCAAGCUCCACAGCCUUCGUCAACUUUGUCAUUCUUCUGUAUCUACCUCCCUACUAUAACCAUGAGUUAAUGCUGAGGUUAGAGGAUGCCACAGGGUCCCCUGGGCACGUGCAUGAUUUCACACUCAAGAAAGAAAGGAAGGUAUUAUUUCCGGGUGCUGCCAUCUUAGAUUCUUUAAUAUGGCGGCACCGAGAAAGAGGCCCUGGAGGAACCAGAACUACUUUAAAAAAUGAAUGCCAAGUUGAUCCGAUCCCUGAGUUAUUUCAACUAUUAUGAAGAAAAGAUGUGAUCUGUGCACGACCUUUAGCUAAGCGAUACUAAAGUAAUUAGGUGAAAAAACAACCAGAGACUGGAAUUAAAUAUAUUUUUAUUUGAAGACAGACAAAAGCCAGCAAACACAUUUUCAGCACCUGUUCAAGAUUUUGCAGAUCCUUGGGGAAAAGCAUUCAAUUCGGUGAGUAUCUUUUGACAUGUAAUUUUUCUACACAUGGUGAACAUAAAGAGUUUUUCUUUCUUUUCUUCUUAUUCUUUAAUAUUCACUCAAUUUGAACCAUCUUACUCUAUUACAUAGCUGAGCCAGUUGCUUAAUUGUGCAUGUUUUUAUUUUUAAAAAGAUUAAUCGGUGCGGUUUAUCUAAUAUGUCAGAGAAUAUUUUUAUUAUUUCACAUAAUCUGUCGUGUACCUGUGAAAUAAAAGUGUUACAAAUUAAGUAUUAGUGCAGACUACAUUUCAGAUAUGUUAUAUAAUGGAUAUUUUUCCCAUGCAAUGUACAUGUAUGUAUGAAAUAUUGAGAACAUUCUUUAACUGCUUGGACACCAAAGGUGCUGAAUAAUAGGAUUUAUAUUUAAUAUCAAAAAUUAGUUAUUGAUCACUGCUAAAAUAUUAAGAGCUGUGCAUUGAAACAUUCAGUUUUUUUAAUUUUAGAUGUCAUCAUGUUCCAUUUGGUCGAGUACAGGGGAUGAAGACUCGAAAAGGAGAUGUCAUUUUUCUUGAAGAUGUCUUGGAUGAAGCUCGCACAAGGAUGCUGCAAAAUAUGGCCGCUACCAGCAGUAAGACUUUCUCUGUCUUGUAUCUGAAAGAUCAGAAACUGUUUAACUAUCAGACUGUUCAUAGGACCUGAAUGGUAUGCAUUAUGUAGCACUAGCUAAAAUGUGUUUCUUUCAUGGAAACUUGCCGAUAAACCAGGUACAAAAAUUUACUUAAAUGUAGAAUCUUAUUCCAUAUUGUAAACUUAAAGUGCACAUUGAAUGCCAUGCAGGUUCAAUGUUAGGGAAGAUCAUCAAUCUAAAAGUAGCAAAUAGAAUAUUGAUACAGUGUGGAAAAAAUUGUUAGCCUUUACCGGAGGUGAGGCUGAUUUUCAUUUGGCACUCAGGGGUACAGUAUACAUUUUUUGGACAUACUUCCUCUUUUUUUCCACUAAACCAUCAUGCCCUUUCAUCCUCUCAAUCGGUUAUCCACUGAAACGCCAUACUCCCUCCUUGCUAAUUCCGUCCUAUCUCAGGUAAUGGGAGUCGGGUGUUAGGUAUCAGACACAGACAUACUAUGGCAAAAAUAUCAGAUGUCCGGUAUUAUUAUUAUUAUUUAUAAAGUGCCAACAAAUACCACAGUACUGUAAUAUAGGUAGAUUAACAGACAAGAAUUUGCAACAAGACAAGUUGGAUGCACAAAAACAGAGGGUGUUAAGGGCCCUGAUUAUUCUAGGGGAAGUGCGGUAAAGUGACACAUGAGGUAAGGAUCAAACAUGACACAAUUUUAUCAAAUAGACACAAACAUGACACAACAUUGUCAAAUUGAGGGGUAGAGUUUCUUUCAGUGAGUCUUCCCGGACUCGCCCUGGUCUUUCACUGGCUAUUUUUUCUCUUAUUCUAAGUUUGGUGCUUUAUAAAUAACAUAUAGUAAUAAUAACUUUAAAAACUGUUAUUUCAUCAGAGAAUCCAGCAUGCCCAUUGCGUUUGAGGAGUGAUUGUAAUUCACACUGUAUUUCUUUAUAGCAAGUAAACACCUUGAAGACCCAGCCAGAACAGCAGAGAAAAUUGGGGCUGCAGCUCUGAUUGUGCAGGUAAUUAGUGUUUGCAAUGAAAGACUAUGAAAAAAACACUUAACGUUUCAUGUAUCAGAAAGCAACGUCAAAUCACAGCACACUUUCUCCAUUAUUUUAUUGCUGCUCUCGACCACCUCCUAAUUACUGUCCAUUAAAUUGGUAUUAAAAAAGAAAUCUGAAAAAGGUUGUUGUCUCUAGCAUGUCAUUCCCUUUUCUCCAGGACGUUGUAUUUUCAAAUAUUGAAAUGAUUCAGAAAUAUGAAUGCUUGGCCAAAUUGAUGAACCCCUUUUGUUCUAUUUUAUUCUUUGUUUAGUAAUAUCAUUUUGUAUAGAUGUUAUGGUGUUUUUUUAUUCUUCUAGACAAUGUUCAACGUUAAGCUAUUAUUGUGCAGAUAAAAGGGCAGUUUUGUAUGUUAUGGCAGGGUUAAAGUAACAAGGUGUAUUCAAAGUACAUUUUCAUAUUUAAGGUAAAACUAACUGAACUGAAAAAUUUAUCUUAAACAUCUGUGCUUUCAGUUCAGCUUCUCUGGUCUUGAAUUUAAACCUCCUUUGAAUUCUCACUUUAGUAAAUAAUUCUAUUUUUUGUUUUGUUUUUUUUCUUGAAGGCCCAGCAAAAUCCCAGUAGACUUUUAAAUAGCCAACACAUCUCGAGCCCUCCUCCUUUAUUUCACAAUUCACUAUAUGUAGUUUAACUGAUGGCUACCCUCUACUAUAAAACUAUGCAACAUGUAACCAAUUAAUCAAGUAUUACAACCAUGAAUGGAAGCCGCUUUUUUUUUUUUUUUUUAGAACUGUUUUUAGAUUUAGAACUAUUAACUAAACUAACAGAUUUCAAUAACACAGUAUGUCCGUUAUUUUAAUUUGAUGUACAAAUACACACCGAUUUUAACUACUCCUAAAGUGAUUCAUUAAAUAUGAUUUAGACCAAGAUGAUGAUAAACAUACUUGGCUGCAUUGAGAUUCUAUGACCCAUCUCAUAUUAACUAAUUUAAAAUAUUAUUCAUGCUAAACAUGACAUUCUACCUGUUAUGGUCUUUGAUUUUUCAUGUUUACUCUGCAAAUGACAACAUCUGGAGUUCAUAUUUUGACUGAUGUAGGGCAUCCCUUGCAAUCUAAAUUAAUGUAAUAACUUGACACUAAUUACAUGGCCUCCUUAUAAUAAUAAUAAUAAUAAUAAUGCUAGAUAUUUAAUAAAUAAAGCUUAAUUUCCUUUUUUCUGUCACUGGUGGAAUAUUCCUGAUGUUUCUUUUCAUUUCAGGAUUUUAAAGGGCCUCUCAUGUCAGAUUACCACUUUGACUGGGAUCGGGCAUUGCAGAGUUUCGGAGACACUGGUGUGUUUUUGCAGUACACGCAUGCACGACUGCACAGGUGAGAGCUCUGUUUGCAGAUGAGGAUUCAUUUGCUUUAAUAUAUUAGAUUGAUGAAUUUUUGGUAAUAAAACGUCACUUUGUUGAGUAUAAAAAUCCCUCUUUGACUAUGUUCCUCACUUUUGUAAACACAAAACAUUGUUGAGAAAAAAGAGAAUGACAGGGAAUAAAUAAAGUGUGAAAAAAAUGCUUUUAAAAAAAUUUUAUUUAGUUUAUGGUAAAUUGCAAAUUGUGUUAGCAGCAUCAGAGGAAAAUUAUUAUAGGUUAAGCCUGGUGAAUUUUGUUAUAAAGCAUGUUUUACUCAAAUCUUGGUAAAAGGGAUACAGUGUCCAAAUACUAACAAUUAGUACAGCAAAUGGCAUUGCAUAGAUUGUUGAAUAUCAUGUCGGGGCACAUGCUGCACAGAAUACAGACUAAGGAACAGCACACAUGCAAACAUACAGUAUCAGUUCUGGUCUCUAUGGCAGCACCAUUGCUGAGAAAUGCAUGGUGUGCCCCCAAUUCCCUUUUUGUCUUUACUAAGUAAUGCUUCGCAGGACACAAUAAAAUCUUGAAAAAUAAACAUAUAGGUCUAACUCUUUAAAGCAGGGUAAGAAAACUCCAAAAUACUAUGUUACUAUCUGGUGUUCACCAACUGCCCAGUGAACAUACACAAAUGUACAAUUCAACAUCUUUCAAGGCUACUUGCAGAUAAUAAUCAUAAACCAAACAUUAAAAAGUGAUGUUGCUAUGAGUAAAGUGAUGUUUGCAGCAUUUCUUUAUCUGCGUAGCAAAGUGUCUGAUGUUAUCUGUUGUUUUUAAAUAGCCUGCAAGGUCUUUGGGAAACAAAGGAUCUAACCGACUUCAACAUAUCCUGUUUGCAGGAACCCUCUGUAAUUUCCACAUUGCAGCAUCUUCUCAGGUAACUCUUUAUAGCUUUCUUGUCUAAGCCAGUGGGAUAGGGUCAGUAUUGGGGCAGGAGCAGGAUCUUGGUGGGGGAAGGGGCAGUAUUUUGGUAGACAGCAUUGGGGAGCAGGGGCAGUAUUUUGGUAGACAGCAUUGGGGGGCAGGGGCAGUAUUUUUGUAGGGACAGUGUAGGGGAUAGGCGCAUUAUUUUGUUAGAGACAGUAUUGGAGGGCUGGGGCAGUAUUUUGGUAGACCGCAUUGGGGGGCAGGGGCAGUAUUUUGGUAGACAGUAUUUUGGUAGACAGCAUUGGGGGGCAGGGGCAGUAUUUUUGGUAGUAGACAGUGGUAGACAGCAUUGGGGGGCAGGGGCAGUAUUUUGGUAGACAGCAUUGGGGGGCAGGGGCAGUAUUUUGGUAGACAGCAUUGGGGCGCAGGGGCAGUAUUUUGGUAGAGACAGUGUUGGGGGAAGGGGCAGUAUUUUGGUAGGGACAGUGUAGGGGAUAGGCGCAUUAUUUUGUUAGAGACAGUAUUGGAGGGCUGGGGCAGUAUUUUGUGUCGUUAGGGCAGCAUUGUGGGGGAGAAAGGGGCAGUAUUAGGGGGAGUGGGUGUUGAGAAAACAUAUACACACUCCACUAAGUCUCCCUACCUUCUUAAGAACUGAAGUGGAUCCUGGGGUCCAAUGAGCUUGGGCUGCGCUCCUGUGAGAGCGCUCCGCUGUGUACCAGCAUUUCCUGUGGCUGUACAGCUCCCUCGCGCGCCCUGUAGAGGUCCUAGGACGUCACAUUCUGGCCCAGGCACCACUGCGGGGCACACGAGGGAGCUAUACCAGAAGAGAGGUUAAAGAGCGUAGCUCCCUCGCUGGCCCCCCUCUGUCUGUGCCGGGCAACCGAGCUACUAGCCACAAUCACAAGGGCUGUAAUUCUCUUCUGGAAGUUCCAAAUCCCAGGACUUAGAGUCAAAGAUGUUGAACUUCGGGCUGCAACUAACAACUAUUUUCAUACUAAUCAGCCAGUUAUUUUUUAAUUUAAUCAAUUAUUGUGCUUUGUGGACACAGUAUAGGUUACUGAGUGUAGUGUGGGUACCAUACAGUAUUGCUCAAUGAGUGGAGUGUGGAUGCAGUGUGUCAGUUAGUGCAGCUUAGUUCAGAGCUAAUAGUGUGGGUACCUGUAGCAUAGGCCAUUGAAUGAUUGUUACAGUGCAGUUCAAGUAAUGAAAUCUGGAUGCAGUGUACAUCGGUUAGCAAAGUGUAGAUCAAGUGCAGUCGAUGCCAUGUGAAUGCAGUGUGGAUUCAGCGUGGUACAGUAAGGGCAAUGUGGUUCGGUGCUGAUGCAAUGUACACAGUGUGAGAUCACCUACACCUUGUCUCAUUGCAGAUCAGUGUCCAGUGGAUUUGGGGUUAAUUAGGUUUGAGUUUCUGUCACCCGGGGAUUCCUAACGCUGCACACAGUCUGUGACAGCCCACUCCCACCUGGCUAUCUCACUGUACCACUCACUCACACAUUGCUCUCCUAGCAAUAAACACAAUGCACGUGCACUCCCACAGCAGCCAACAGACACUCUUAAUCGAGCAGUGCGCAUGUGUUGGGAUUUCUUGGUCGAACACACAACUAAUCAAUAAUGAUAUUCGUUGACAACAAUUCUCAUAACCAAUUAUUAGCAAUUUUAUCGAUUGCUUGUUAUAACUCUGGUUGAAAUCUGUACUUCAGUUCUAGUCAGUUCUGAUUAUUGCAAAAUCACAUCUCUCCCCUCAUAGAUAUGAUGAAGUAAUACUCCAGUGUCUUGAUGACUAUCAGCCAAGAUACCUCGUUAAUUAUCUCAUGGGCCUAGGGUAAGUGUAAUAUUAGUAAUUGGUAAGUGUGAAAGAAAACUAGUCUGAGGUCAUGUCAAUUAUCACUCCUUGAACACAGGAACAAGGAACAAAAAGGCCAAGGAGCAUUACACAGAGAAAACAUCCUGGAGGUCUGACACGUAUAAACCCUUAUAUAUCUAUAUAGUUUAAUGAAUAACCGUUAUAAUAAGGGUACAAUCUAGGCAUGCAUACGCCCCUGUAUUAAGGGUACAUUACAGCACUCUCCUGUAUAACACCUUAUAUAAUGGUAGGUUCUGGCAUUAGGCAGCAUAGGAAAGGAGUCCGUGAUAACAUGUCAUGUGGUCCAGAGAGAAUAACAACUGUGUAAAAGGGAGUUUCUGUAAUGUGGUAUGUGUUCCUGUCUGUCUUUCCUACCUUGUGUAUAUACAGAGCUAAAUUAAUACUGCUAGAUACUCCUGGGAGACCCUUGAGCUUUUCAGGAUUAUUUAGUAAAGUGUUUACUCAAAGUGAAUUUAAAAUCUAAGGCCAGAACAGCCAAACAGAAAGAAUUCCUGCAAUUUGCAUAUUUCGACUUUUAUUAACUUUAAAUUCUCCCUUUAGUGGAUAAUCGAAAUGGUCAAAAGCUACUCGAAAAAGACUUACACCGAAUGGCCACAAGAUGGCACCAAAUCACUACGAACCUGUAAAAUUAAAGAAGCUCUGUCACUCCUUAGUAUUUCGUAAAGAUUUAUAAAAUACUAAUGCUGACUGUCUUAGAUUUUAAUUUAAAUUCCAACGCAAUCCAAAGAUUCCAUAAAGAAUAGAAGGUAAACAAAAGACAGAGCUCAACCUUCAACUUUUAUCCAAACCCAGCAGCCAUCACAUGUGAUGGCUGUGGGAUUCAGACAUCAUUUAGCUCAUAGUGAGAUGUGAAGAGCCAGGAGCUGAAGAGGGUCCCCUGGAUUAAAUCAACGGUGGCUGUAAAAGACAGCUGCAGAUAAGUGACUGCACCCCAUGGAUACCGGACCCUAACCAUAGAUGACACCUUUAGGUGUCUAUGCAAAGACUGAUCCACUUUAAAAACAUGAGUAUGAAAUAAUUAUAUUAUAUUAAGUAUUAUCUAGAAAGAUAAUGCCAAGUUGGCAUGGAGGGGAAAAGAAUCUUUCUUUUGGGGUCUUCUCAAACAUCUAUAGAACAUAGUUAUUCUGUCAUACUUCUAUAUAAAUAUUAUGCAGAACUGUUUAGGAUUUGAUAAACUGUGAUAGAUACCAUAUGAAAAGCAUUUCCUGAGUAUCACCUUAGAUAUCCAGAGCUCAAACAACAAAUAUGUUGGAGACAUAAUGAUAUACAAGCAGAGUUCCUUUACGAAUCUCACUCUGGAAGAACCUGUAAUAGAGUUCCACAGGCGUAAGAAUGUAGGGUAAAGGCAAAAAGGACAAAUAAAAGAUAUAAUGUUUCUGCCUUAGAGGCCUUAGUUAUGUAUGUAAGGCCUUUAGGCCGAAACAUUGUAUCUUUUUUUUGUCCUCUUUGAUCUCCAAAAAAUAAUUUUUUCCCUUCACCCUACAUUGUGACGCCUGUGGAACUCUAUUUCUUGUUGUUCCUGGUGGGCUGCGGACCCCUCUCCACAGAGCUCCUACAUAAACUUACUUGUGUGCAGCACUCCUUUGACUUUCUGGAAAAACCUGUGUUUACGUAUUACGAGCCAUUGGCAGACAUGAUAUUCUGCUGGCCAAUGAUGAUGUCAUGGUCCAUACAGUUUUGCAGAAAUCGUAAUACUUAGUUCCUUUAAGUCUCAUACUGAAAAUGUAGAUUUCUUGCUGUCUGUCUUACAUUGUAUGUUUGGUGGUAUCUUUCAGCCAUCUAGCAAAUGUAGCUCAUCGUGCACUCCCAGUCAAAGGAAGCACAUCAGAGGUUGCUCAGGUAAGGAAUUUAACUUGAGAGAAUUAGUUUAAUAUAUCAUUUUGUUUUGUACUGUAAAGUCAAUUUGAACACUUUUACCUGAAUGAACAGUUUAUUUCUGAGUGAACCUGAUUUGAACUGAGUGAAAAAUGUUUAUUUUAUUUGAUUGCACAGGUAACAUUUAUGUUUUUUCUACUUCUCAAAGAAAUCUGUGAAUUAUUGGCAGUUUCUGCAGCUGAGUAGCUACAGUUAAAGGGACACUAUAGUCAUCAAAACAACUUAAGCUUAAUGAAGCAGUUAUGGUGUGUAGAUCAUGCCCCUGAAGUCUCACCACUCAAUUCUCCACCACCAGUUAAAUCACUUUUGUUUCUGUUUCUGCAGGCGUAGCCACACCUCCACUGACUGUGACUCACAUAGCCUGCAUGAAAAGAAAUGGUUUCACUUUCAAUCAGAUGUAAUUUACUUUAAAAGCUUUUAUUUCCUGCUCUGUAAAUUAUACACUGCUCAAAAUAGGGUGAACACUUAAACUACAAAAUGUAACUCCAAGUCAAUCACACUUCUGUGAAAUCAAACUGUCCACUUAGGAAGCAACACUGAGUGACAAUCAAUUUCACAUGCUGUUGUGCAAGUGGGAUAGACAACAGGUGGAAAUUAUAGGCAAUUAGCAAGACACCCCCAAUAAAGGAGUUGUUCUGCAGGUGGUGACCACAGGACACUUCUCAGUUCCUAUGCUUCCUGGCUGAUGUUUUGGUCAUGUUUGAAUGGUGGCGGUGCUUUCACUCUAGUGUAGCAUGAGACGGAGUCUACAACCCACACAAGUGGCUCAGGUAGUGCAGCUCAUCCAGGAUGGCACAUCAAUGCGAGCUGUGGCAAGAAGGUUUGCUGUGUCUGUCAGCGUAGUGUACAGAGCAUGGAGGCGCUACAGGAGACAGGCAGGUACAUCAGGAGACGUGGAGGAGGCCGUAGGAGGGCAACAACCCAGCAGCAGGACCGCUACCUCCGCCUUUGUGCAAGGAGGAACAGGAGGAGCACUGCCAGAGCCCUGCAAAAUUACCUCCAGCAGGCCACAAAUGUGCAUGUAUCUGCUCAAACGGUCAGAAACAGACUCCAUGAGGGUGGUAUGAGGGCCCGACGUCCACAGGUGGGGGUUGUGCUUACAGCCCAACACCGUGCAGGACGUUUGGCAUUUGCCAGAGAACACCAAGAUUGGCAAAUUCGCCACUGGCACCCUGUGCUCUUCACAGAUGAAAGCAGGUUCCCACUGAGCACGUGUGACAGAUGUGAGUCUGGAGACGCCGUGGAGAACAUCCUGCUGCCUGCAACAUCCUCCAGCAUGACCAGUUUGGCAGUGGGUCAGUAAUGGUGUGGGGUGGCAUUUCUUUGGGGGGGCCGCUCAGCCCUGCAUGUGCUCGCCAGAGGUAGCCUGACUGCCAUUAGGUACCGAGAUGAGAUCCUCAGACUCCUUGUGAGACCAUAUGCUAGUGCAGUUGGCCCUGGGUUCCUCCUAAUGCAAGACCUCAUGUGGCUGGAGUGCGUCAGCAGUUCCUACAAGACGAAGGCAUUGAUGCUAUGGACUGGCCCGCCCGUUCCCCAGACCUGAAUCCAAUUGAGCACAUCUGGGACAUCAUGUUUCACUCCAUGCACCGUCACGUUGCACCACAGACUGUCCAGGAUUUGGCAGAUGCUUUAGUCCAGGUCUGGGAGAAGAUCCCUCAGGAGACCAUCCGUCACCUCAUCAGGAGCAUGUACAGGCGUUGUAGGGAGGUCAUACAGGCAUGUGGAGGCCACACACACUACUGAGCCUCAUUGUGACUUGUUUUAAGGACAUUACAUCAAAGUUGGAUCAGCCUGUAGUGUGUUUUUCCACUUUAAUUUUGAGUGUGACUCCAAAUCCAGACCUCCAUCGGUUGAAAAAUGUGAUUUCCAUUUUUUAAUUUGUGAUUUUGUUGUCAGCACAUUCAACUAUGUAAAGAACAAAGUAUUUCAGAAGAAUAUUUAAUUCAUUCAGAUCUAGAAUGUGUUAUUUUUGUGUUCCCUUUAUUUUUUUUGAGCAGUGUACUUUAAUUACAUACAAGAGGCUUCUGCAGGGUCUAGAAAGAUAUUAACAGAGCAGGAAAUAUGAAAUUUUAAAUUAAACAUUAUUUUCAAUACAGGAAGUGUAAACAUUAGAGGACUCUUUUCAGGAAGUGUUGGAAGGCUGUGUAAGUCAUAUGCAGGGAGGUGUGACUAGGGCUGCAUAAACAAAGUGAUUUAACUCCCAAAUGGCAGAAAAUUGAGCAGUGAGACUGCAGCAGCAUGAUCUGCACACCAAAACUGCUUCAUUGAGCUAGUUGUUUUGGUGACUAUAGUGUCCCUUUAAGAAUGCUGAAACCCAGCAAGCCAAUGGCAGCUGUGACACAGCUAUCAGCAUGCCAAGUCAUUUCAUUCAUAUUGUGUGUCUAAGUUAUUCCCCCCUUUCUUUAAUGAGUAAAACUCUCAACUGCUGAACUAUGCAUAUCUUAUAAAGCCUUGGAAUAUGCAUGGUACUACCAUAUACAACCAAUGAUAGGACCAAACCUCCUCUCCAAGGAUGGUCAGUUCCAACUCUUAAAUUACAUUCAUUAAAAAAGAUAUUGAUGAGCUUAUGAAUACUAAUGGUGUGAUUUUGCCAACUAUGUCAUUUGGUGUAGAUCUCAGUAUAUUGCCUGUACAUGUUUGUGAUUCAUUUCAACAUGACUUUAUAGAAACCCAUAAUGGUCCAUGCCGUAUCAUUCUGGCUUUGGAGCGCAGUGGUUCAGGUGUCCACUCCUGCACUCAAAUGGACACUAAAAAAGCUGUAGACUCUAACUCCUACCACUCUCAUCCAAUAGUCACUUUAAUGGAUUGGUUGAUACAGUUCUCCCAAACCUAAUGUGGAUAAUUACUUAUGGGGACAUUAAAGAGUUACUUCAAGCACUAUGACCAUUUCAGUGAUUUAAGUGGUGGUCAUGGUGCCUGGAGUCUGAAUGUGGAUUGUAUCAAAAACCCAUUCAGAAAUUUAAAGUAGUGCCAUUAAGCACAAAUACUAACAAAUAUACUAUGUGAUGAGCUUUAAUGUGCAUAUAUUCUCUUUUGUGGUUCACCACCAAUCUUCUAAAAAUACUAGUUGAGAUCUUAUUUUUUUUUAAAGUGUCUCUAAUACAAAAGUGGUGUAAAGUUCUAUAUGUUGAUCAGUCACCACAGAAAACAAUGGAAUCAGCAAGAAUAUUUGCACUGAUUUCUGCUUGCCCACUUUCAUGAGCAACAAGUUUAGAAACUUUCCUAGUAAUGCUUUAACAUCUCUCUACAGGCUCGCCUUCUCUUUUUCAACAAUGUACAGAUGGUACUUGCCAAUACGAUGAAACUUCUCGGUAUUACACCAGUGACUAAUAUGUAACUUAAACUAUUCAUGGUAUGUCAAUGCUGCUUUUUAUUUCUUAGUAAACUUAAUUUUGAUCUAAAGCGUUUGCAUCUUUGUUUUUAGUUAGCUGACUUGUUUUAAGGGACACUCAAAGCACUAAAACCACAGCAUCUAAAUUAAGUUAUGGUGCCGGGAGAACCCCGGAGACACUCUUACCGCAAGAGUUUAACCAGAAAGUUGCCUCAAGUGGUGUUGUCUACUCCUCACCAGAUGGCAUCCAGCUUCUGAUAUUUCAGUUUUGGAAGCAUGGAGUACCAAUGGGCACCAAAUGCCACCUGGAGGGGGGAGGGUAGGAGUGGAUAUCGCCGCAGAAGGCAACUUUGUGGUUAAACAGUUUGGAGAAUAGUUUAACCUCUUAAAGGUAAGUGCCUCCAAGAGGCACUGAAAGUGCCUGAAAGUUCAGUUUAUGCCAUUAUAGUGCUCCUGGUUAUUUUCCUGAAGACACCUUGAAUAACUACUGAACCAGAUGAGCCAUUCAAGUAACAAGCUGUUUACACAGUUUGGUGAAAUGCUGCUACAGUUUAGAGCCAACUUAUAGGUUUAAAACAAAUUUAAAUGCGAUAAUAUACUACACCAUGAUGUUCUUAUAUUUGUGUGUUAUUCAGACUAUAACCAGUACUAUACAGUAAAGUUUAAUUACCUGGAGGUAACUCAACCAUUGUUUGUACCAUCACCUUUUUUUGUGUUUCAUGUCUAAGUAUUAGUGUAAUAGGAGUGACAUUACACUAGGGUGGCUUUUUGUGUUGCACUGGGUUGUAGAUUUUAUCAGCAUUAUCCAUUAAUACACUUCUAC